CUCCUUCGGCAGCGAGCUCUCCUCCCAGUCUCCCCCGCGCUUCCUGCACUGAGGUAGUCGUGGCCGCGUCCCGUUCCCCGCGGCUCGCUCGCCCAGCCGGUGCCAUGGUGGCCUUCAGCAAGUACUUGACGGCGCGGAACUCCUCGCUGGCGGGGACGGCGUUCCUGCUGCUCUGCCUGCUCCACAAGCGGCGCCGCGCCCUUGGCCUUCAGGGUAAGAAAAGUGGAAAACCAUUACAGAACAAUGAGAAAGAAGGGAAAAAAGAGCGAGCUGUGGUGGACAAGGUGUUUUUAUCAAGGCUCUCACAGAUCCUGAAAAUCAUGGUCCCUAGAACAUUUUGUAAAGAGACAGGAUACUUGAUACUUAUUGCUGUUAUGCUGGUAUCUCGAACAUAUUGUGAUGUUUGGAUGAUUCAAAAUGGGACACUCAUUGAAAGUGGUAUCAUUGGUCGUAGCAGAAAAGAUUUCAAGAGAUACUUACUCAACUUCAUCGCUGCCAUGCCUCUUAUAUCUCUGGUUAAUAACUUCCUGAAGUAUGGGUUAAAUGAACUCAAACUGUGCUUCCGUGUAAGACUCACUAGAUACCUCUAUGAGGAAUAUCUCCAAGCUUUCACAUACUAUAAAAUGGGAAACCUGGACAACAGAAUAGCCAAUCCAGACCAGCUGCUUACACAAGAUGUAGAAAAAUUUUGUAACAGUGUAGUUGAUCUGUAUUCAAAUCUUAGCAAGCCAUUUUUAGACAUAGUUUUGUAUAUUUUCAAGUUAACAAGUGCAAUUGGAGCUCAGGGCCCAGCAAGUAUGAUGGCCUACUUGGUUAUUUCUGGGCUAUUUCUAACUCGUCUUAGAAGACCAAUUGGUAAGAUGACAAUAACAGAGCAGAAGUAUGAAGGUGAAUAUAGAUAUGUCAAUUCCCGACUUAUCACAAAUAGUGAGGAAAUCGCCUUUUACAAUGGGAAUAAAAGAGAAAAGCAGACAAUCCACUCAGUCUUCCGAAAACUGGUGGAACACCUACAUAAUUUCAUUUUCUUUCGGUUUUCUAUGGGAUUCAUUGAUAGCAUCAUUGCCAAAUAUAUUGCCACUGUAGUCGGUUACUUAGUUGUCAGCCAUCCUUUCCUGGAUUUGUCUCAUCCUCGGCAUCUUCAGAGUACACAUUCAGAGCUCCUAGAGGAUUACUACCAAAGUGGAAGAAUGCUUUUGAGGAUGUCUCAAGCUUUGGGUCGAAUAGUUUUGGCUGGGCGUGAAAUGACCAGGCUGGCUGGGUUUGAUCAUGUUCCUUUAGCAACACCAAAUGGAGAUGUCUUGAUCAGAGAUCUUAGUUUUGAAGUUCGAUCUGGGGCCAAUGUUCUAAUUUGCGGUCCAAAUGGCUGUGGAAAGAGUUCACUUUUCCGUGUUCUUGGUGAAUUAUGGCCUCUUUUUGGAGGACGGCUAACUAAACCUGAGAGAGGAAAGUUAUUUUAUGUCCCUCAGAGACCCUAUAUGACCCUUGGAACACUUCGAGACCAAGUGAUCUAUCCAGAUGGAAGAGACGAUCAGAAGAAGAAGGGUAUAUCUGACCAAGUACUGAAGGAGUACGUGGAUAAUGUGCAGUUGGGUCAUAUCCUUGAACGAGAAGGAGGCUGGGACAGUGUUCAGGACUGGAUGGAUGUCCUCAGUGGAGGAGAAAAACAAAGAAUGGCGAUGGCAAGAUUGUUUUAUCAUAAGCCACAGUUUGCCAUUUUGGAUGAGUGCACAAGUGCAGUUAGUGUGGAUGUGGAGGACUACAUUUACAGUCACUGUCGGAAGGUUGGCAUCACCCUCUUCACUGUUUCACACAGAAAAUCCCUUUGGAAACACCAUGAGUACUACCUGCAUAUGGAUGGCAGAGGCAAUUAUGAAUUCAAAAAGAUCACAGAAGAUACAGUUGAGUUCGGAUCUUAGAGAAAUCCAGAGACUUGUACUUGCUGUGAUGUAACAAAACUACAAAAUACCUUCAGAGAUACAAAGUGCAUUGUAAAAUAAUGUUAAGCUUGUUUUUUUUAAAAAAAAAAAAAACAAAGCAACAAAUUGACUAGAUAUAGAAUAAUUGAAACUUGUUAAAACAUUUAAUAUUAUAUAGGAUAUUGCUAAUUGUGUAUAUGUUGGUUUAAUUAUUAAUUUGUACUAAGAAUGUCCUUAUUCUUGUGGUUAAAAACCUGCCUGAAUUAAAUUGGGCUUAAAUCAGUAUAAUCUGAUUCAUCCUGGGAUGUAAACCAUUUGAAGUCAGCUAAUUUGACUUUUAUGGCUCUAUCUUUUCCUUUAAUGAGGAACCCUAUUUAAAACUGGGGUCAUUACCUAUCUUCUAGCAAAAUAGUCUUGAGUUUCAUUUCCUUGUGCCCCAUGGUAGUGGGAACCAAACCAAUCACAAUAUAUUAUUAAAAUGUAUGAUAUCAUCGCAGAAUUCCUUUUAUUAUACAGUGGCAGAGUUCUUUAGCUGCCAUACUUAUACUCAUUCCUCAUACCUGCCUUGAGGUACAUUUGACACCAGGAGAGCCACUUGGAUUUUCUUUAGCUACAUAAUGAGCAUGCCCCUCAGUCUGCUGUGUUGUUUCAAAGGUUCUUUGUGGUGUAAGACUGUGGGAGCAGUCCCACUUACGGUGACCAGUUACUACAUGUCACUCCCAAUCUUCCCAGUAUUUGAGAUAUUCAAGCACAGUCCUUCUGUGUUGAACUCAAGAUCUUAUGAGAAUUUUAGAUUUUUGUGAAGAGAAUUGGACAGAUCUGUUGGAAGCCCGUUUGUCAGAAGUGUGGCUGUGUGCUUUUGAACUCCAGAUGAGCCAUAGGAAUGCACUACAUGAAAUAAAGCACUGUUUGUGACAGUGCCAUCACUGUCGUUGAUUGUGAUUUUAUGUUUUUAAAAUGCAAAAAAUUAUCAUGCACAUGGGUGAAUUUUGUUUCCUAGGCACUGGUUUGUCUCUGAAUCUUAUAUAACUUUAUAUUUGGAUUAUUAUGUUAAGAGAGAAACUUGACUCGCCAUAUCACCAUUAAUGACCACAUGUAUUAUUUGCACAAGGAGAAUUGAAACUGAAGAUAAUCAAUAAGCUAGAUGUGAAAUCAGUUUUAUCAAACUGGGUUCAGAAAGGGCAUUUUAUAUUCUUAUUUCUGCAUAACUAGUUUUGUUUUUUGCAGAAUUAACUAAGAAUCACUGGCUACCAAAAUAAACUUGAUGUACUGAUUCCAUAAUAUGUAACAUUCAAUUUUUAUCAUGUCUCCUUAGCAAACUUGUAUACUUAUUUUCUGUUCAGAUUAAAAAAUAAUGGAUAACUUA